CUAUAGCAACUUGAGUCUUAAACAAGAUGGCGGACACCACAAGUGCAGUCGGAGCUGAAAGCACAGAGCCAACAAAUAAUGCUGAAAAAACCCCUACUGAUGGCGGUGAUUCGUCUGCUGCAGAGCUUCAGAAGAAGAUAGCUGAAGCAUUUGAAAUAUUUGACCAUGAAUCGAACAAAACUGUCGAUGUGAGGGAAGUUGGAACGAUUGUUAGGUCUUUGCUGUGCUGUCCAACAGAGGGAGAACUUCAUGAUAUUCUUGCAGAUGUAGAAGAAGAAGAGCCUACUGGAUAUAUUCGAUUUGAAAAGUUUCAACCAGUAAUGUUGAAAGUUCUUUUAGAAAGAAAAUACAAGCCAUCUCCAGAAGAUCAACUUAACAAAGCUUUUGAAGUUCUUGAUCAAGAAAAGAAAAGCUAUUUGACGACUGAGGAGCUCACCAAGUACAUGACAGAAGAAGGUGAACCUUUUACUCAAGAAGAGAUGGAGGAAAUGUUGUCGGCAGCAGUUGAUCCUGAAAAGGGAGUCGUGUUUUAUAAAGAUUUUGUUGCAAUGAUGGUUGUAGAAGAUUCAUAAAGUUUACCCCCAUCAAUUCUGUAAAUACCUUUGGUAAGAAUUUGUAAAUACAUGUAAUAAUAAAAUGCACUAAAAACUGUAGUAAAACAA